CUGAGGGUGGGGUCAUAGCCCGCUGUCAUGGCGGUGCCCAGGGAGCGCUUUCGCGCCGCGUCGUCCCCGCCCCGUGCCCUCGUGUCCAUUAUUCUCCCAGUCCACAAUGCUGAGCCCUGGUUGGACGAGUGCUUGAAGUCUGUUCUGCAGCAGGACUUUGAAGGCUCCAUGGAACUCUCGGUUUUUAAUGAUGCCAGUAAGGACAAGUCUAUGGCUAUCCUUGAAAAGUGGAGGGUGAAGCUAGAAAGUUCCGGUAUCCUCGUGGUUAUUGGAGGGCAUGAUUCUCCUUAUCCUCGGGGAGUCGGAUAUUCUAAAAACCAAGCAAUAGCCCAGAGCUCAGGAACUUUCCUCUGCUUUCUGGAUUCGGACGACAUGAUGAUGCCACAGCGGGUGAGGCUGCAGCAUGAAGCCGCCCUCCAGCACCCGACAAGUAUCAUUGGUUGCCAAGUGAGAAGAGACCCUCCCAACUCCACCGAGCGGUACACACGUUGGGUCAACCAGCUCUCGCCCCACCAGCUGCUCACUCAGGUGUUCACCUCCCAUGGCCCCACCGUCAUCAUGCCCACCUGGUUCUGCUCCCGGGCCUGGUUCACCCAUGUGGGCCCCUUUGAUGAGGGGGGACAGGGUGUGCCGGAGGACCUACUGUUCUUCUACCAGCACCUCAGGAAGGGCGGUGGCGUCCAGCGUGUGGACCAGAGCCUCCUGCUCUACCGCUACCACCCGCUGGCGGCCACGCACUCCGUGCUCGAGGCCACCAUCUGGAGUCACCGUGUCAGCUUCCUGGAGGAGCGGGUCCUGCCCGGCUGGGCGGCCUUCACCAUCUGGAACGCGGGCAAGCAGGGCCGCCGGCUCUACCGCAGCCUGAGCGCUGGGGCACGGCGCAAGGUGGCUGCCUUCUGUGACGUGGACAAGAACAAAAUCAACAAGGGCUUUUACUGCUAUGAGGAUGCUCAGGAGAGGCCCAAGCCCCACGUCCCCAUCCUGCACUUCCGGGCUGCACAGCCACCCUUCAUUAUCUGCGUGAAGCUGGACCUUACAGGAGGUGCCUUCGAGGAGAACCUGGGAUCCCUGCAGCUACAGGAGGGCCAAGACUUCCUCCACUUCAGCUGACCAGUGGCCACAGUGGCUGUUCCCAGUUAGGGAGAAGACACCAACCUCCACCGUCACGGAGCUCCAUCUGGUGCUGCCCUUGGCCUCGUGCAUGGAAGGCAUGUGCUCUGCCCACUGCACCUGUCUCAUUGCCAGCGAUCCCAGGCCAGCCAGUGACUGACCAGACUCUCCGUCUUAAGACAAUUGCUGCUCUAGCAUCCUGAGGCCUGGCUGCUAACUACAAGCAGAGCCUCCUUUCUCAAUGCUGCUUGCUUGGUUCUCUGCAGCUGAGUCCAAGUUCUGCUCUGUAGACACUCACUCCCCGUCCUUGUACCACUGGGAAGGGUGGCCGCAUGUGGCCAGAGGCUAGAUGGCCACUACCCGUCAGAGGUCCCUGGCUUCAGCUUUUGUCUGCAGUGGAAGCUCCCACAAGCCUGACAAGGCUUCUCUCAGGGGUGAAGCUCUACCGCCAGGCUAGGAUGUAGACACCAGCGUGUCCUGCAGAAAGUCUUGGGCUGUGGCCACAGUGACCGCAGUACUAGCAGCAUCUUCACACUCACUGGGCUCUGCAGCUGUCCACCUGUCUCAAUGUCAGACCCAACUGCACCCCAUGGAUGGGAGUGCUGCCCUGGGAACUGGGGCUGCUCACGGCUCCCAUGGCAGCCAGCCCCAUGGAGGGUGUCUCCCCUUCUCUAUCCUGAGUGGGGAGAUAGCCACAGCCUCUUCAGGAAGGUGGUGUCACUGUGACAUCUCCUUGUUCUACCAGGGAACCCGGCAUACCAGCGGGAUGCAUGCUGGGAGCCCCUGUGGCCUCUCAGGCUAUGUGAGGCUACCAGAGGGUCCACAGACACCAGUGUGACCACUGCUCUGGCCUCAUGGCACCUGACCAGCAGCACUGUGUCUGUCUGGGACCACACCCCUCCAGGAGCAGCCUCCCUCCCCGGCACUGCCAGCAAACAGAGAUGCAGAGCUGCUCAGCACAUGAUUUUAUAAAAUGCAGGUGGGAGGUUAGGACAACAGCCCCACUCCCGGCCAAGAGAUGCAGGCAGAGUCCCUGGGUACAGGCAGCGGCUGAGACUGCGUGGGUCCUCCACAGUGAGCGGGGGUGGGGGGGGAGCCUGCACUGCCAGGACUGGAUCAGCAGGCGCCAGUCUGUGGAAGACAGAGGCAUAGUCAGUGCCGUCUCCCUCCCCUCCCCGCUCCUGGGUGUCUGGAGUCAGGCAGCUUCAUAUCUAGCUGGGUGUAAACUGUCCUGAAUAAAACUGUGAAUGCUUGUA